GACGUCACUAGUUGUUGACAUUUUGCUCCGCCAUUUUUAUGACGAUCACCGGGCAAGAAAUAAUACGUCUGGAUGGUUUACUGAAAGAGUAUUUAUCCAAGGGUUUCCCAGAGCAGGGUCUGUGGAUUUCCACAGAAGAUAGGUCAUUAAUUCUUUAAAGGAACAAAAACAUCAGAAAUUAGUUGAGUCCAUAAGAGAAGAUCUUGGGUGCUGAUUUUGUUUGAUUGGACGGUGCCAUCAGCAAUAUAUAUGCCAAAUGCAUCUUAAAAUGGCAUAUGCUGAUGAACCGACUAGUCUGGAGUGUAUCAACAAGUCGGACUUGUUCCCCAAAAAGAAACUGGUAAGAGAGGAUGACUCCCUCCAAAUCCCCAUAUCUCUUCUUCCUGGAGAAGCCCCUGAGUUCUUGGGGAAAACAACAGAUGGGGUCAUUGCCCUCUCCAAUUAUCGGCUCCUGAUAACUUUCAAGGCGUCAUUCGUCAAUGUUCCAGUUGGAAUGAUUGAUUCUGUGGAAAGGACGGACAUCUUUUUCCUUAACAUCUACUGUAAAGAUGCUACAGUGGCAAGAUGUGGCUUCAGUGACAAUGAUGCUUGUCAGGCCUGGUUUCUCCGUAUAAUGGCCAAACUGAACGCUCCCAAACAACUCAAUGAGUUCUUCGCCUUUACUUUUCAUGCUUGGUGCCAAGACCGUAACCCUGGAUCAACAGAACCAGAAAACUGCUUUCAGCUGUGCCAAAAAGAUGAGAACUGCACGUAUAGCUUUGGAAAGGAGGUAGAGAGACAAAAAUUUGAUUUAAAAAGUGGUAAAGCUUGGAGAAUCACUUACGUCAAUGAAGAUUUCAGUCUCUGUCCAACAUACCCUAAGAAUCACAUAGUGCCAGCUGAUAUUACAGACGAUGACAUCAAAAGUUCAGCUGGGUUCCGUGCUCUCAAGAGAUUUCCUUCUGUAGUGUGGAGAAACCAAAGAAAUGGUGCAGUCCUUGUAAGGUGUAGUCAGCCAGAGAGCGGAUUCUUUAACUGGAGAAAUACUCAGGAUGAGAAUCUAAUGAAAGCUUUCUCUGAUGCUUGUCAACAGAAUCCAGGGAAGGGUCAGAAGAAACUGCCAGUCAGUGAAGAUUCCAGUGGCUCAGAAUCUGGGUCACAGAGCGGGGAUGACGUAGAUGAAGCAGAUAAGAAAGUUGUGAUAAUUGACUGUAGAUCUUACCGAGCAUCCAUGGCAAACAGACUGAAAGGGGGAGGUGUAGAGUGUGUAGAGUAUUACACAUCCUGUGAGAUCCAGUUUAUGAAUCUAGACAACAUCCAUGCCAUAAGAAAAGCAUUCACACAGUUACGACAACACUGCAGUACAGCUUCUGAUCAGCUCAACUGGCUGUCAGGAUUAGAGGGAACAAAAUGGAUGACCUACCUGUCUAACCUCUUGAGGACGGCUAGCCUGGUAGUCAAUGUGAUGAGUAAGGAGGGCAAGUCAGUGGUGGUGCAUUGCUCAGAUGGAUGGGAUAGAACUUCUCAGAUUGUGGCACUAGCAGAGCUGAUGAUGGAUCCAUAUUACAGAACAAUUGAGGGCUUUCAAGUACUGGUGGAGAGGGAGUGGUUAGAAUUUGGCCACAAGUUUGGAGACAGAUGUGGUAAUGGUGUAAACUGUGAAGAUCCUAAUGAACGAUCACCAGUUUUCCUACAGUGGCUUGACUGUGUGUUUCAGCUUUAUAAACAGUUCCCAUGUGCAUUCCAGUUCAAUGAAGCAUAUCUGAUCAAAAUGGUGCAGCAUACCUAUUCCCACUUGUUUGGAACAUUCUUGUGCAACACAGUCCAGGAGAGAUUGAAAGGAGAAUUAUCUAUACAGACCUCUUCUGUGUGGUCUCUUCUUCAUCCCAGUAACACCCACUUCUACAAUCACCUGUAUACACCUAAUCCAGAGCAACAGGUGUUGAGGCCAAAAUUUGAUGUACGAAGUUUGACUUUGUGGACAUCAGUUUACUUUUCCAAUUAUACAUGUUCAACUGACCUUAAAGACUUGGGAUGUGAUCAGCCAGAGAUCCAACAGGAAACGACUUGCAGUAAUUUACAAAAAACACGGUCCUGUGAGAAUCUGGCAGGCUCUACACAAGAAGCCAUCAGUAGUCCCAGUCGACGGAAGAGUGACCCCAGCAUUACUUUAGAUAAUUUUGACCCUUCUCAUCUGACAAAAGACUGUGAUAAAACUUCUAGCAAUACUUGUGUUUCCAAUGGAACUGUUCCUUCAGAGGAUACCCAUAUCAGUAAUGAAAAGAACAGUGAAACAUUGAAGGAAAAUGGUCAGAAUGGAGACAUAUCUGUGAAUGGAUUAGUUUCUAAUGGAUUAAAUGGCCACUGUAGUGAUUUAGAAGAAAAUUUAACAAAUGGACAAAAUGAAAAUCAGAGUAAAAACGAUGCAGAAAAUACUGAAGAUAAUGGUAUGGUGAGUGAACAGUGUAAUGGAAAUUCUCACUUCCAUCACGAGGUAGAUAUUCCAUCAACAAGUCAAACUAUUGAAUGUUCAACAGAUACCCUUACUGAUGCUGAAGGCAAACCUGGUGAAAAAUGUGAACUUCAAAUAAAUGGUUCAAAACUUGAACACAAAUUAAGUCUGGAACAAAUUAAAACACUAGAAAAGAGUGCAAGUAUCAGCACCAGCACUAGUGACAUAUCCAAUUCUAGUGUGGAUUUGAAACUUCCAGUGGACAACGUUUACAGUAUUCAUCGAUAUCUUUAUCGUUCAACUCCUCUUAGAUUGAGCUGCAAUUCCAAUGGAUCAAUUCAGUCCAGAAGUACAUACAAGACUUCACCAACCACUCCAGCAAAUUCACAGAGUUCUACUUGCCCUCCAACACCAGCAACUGACAAGUCCAUUGAAUCCCAGUUUGGUAACAAGAUGGGGCGUCUUAGUCGGCAUUUAGACGCAGAUGGACUCACAACCUUUAGUGAUCCAGUCCAACAAGGCAUCCAGAAAAUAAAGGAAGAUUAUGAACGAGAAAUUAAGUUGAUCAGAUCUCACCUGGCUGUGGCAAAUGCAGCUCUUCUUCAACAUGCAUCUGCUUGCAGUGGUGGAGCUAGGUGCAUUUUAGAAAAAGAAGAAAUGCUUCUCUCACCAGACUUGAAUGGGGAUUUCAACUCUUUAGGAAGUAAUGCGGCAUCAGAUGUCAGCUGGGAAAACAUUGAUGAGAGCGAGUCUAAGAUGAUUCGCUGGGUACCAGAUCAUGCCGUCACUCACUGUGCUGAAUGUGAGACAGGCUUCAGCUUACUAGUCAGAAAACAUCACUGCAGGAACUGUGGAAAUAUCUUUUGUGGGAAUUGCUCAGAAAAUUUCAUCACAAUCCCUCAACAAAAUUUGAUGACACCAGAACGAGUGUGUAAUCGCUGCUUCAGUCACCUGCAAAUGAUUUCGAAACAUGCAUGGACGGCCAAUGGAGUUGUUGAUGAAAGGCCACUGGCUUAUGCGGCUUCAAACUAGGGCUUCAACAUUUCUUUAUUUUCUGUUAAAUGUGUGCAUAAAUGUAUGGUGAAAAUUGUUAUGUCAAACAUACAUGUUUUCUCUUGCUGAAUGAAUUCUUUGUUAUUUAAUGCUAAUUAUGCGAGUCUGAUUUUGUGUACAUUUGUCUGUGUUUAUAGGUCAUUAUCAUUUUUCAUUUGUCAAUCUUUUUUCAUUCUGUAUUUUUCUUACCAUUCUUUGCCAUCUCUGACUAUUUUGGUACAGAUUUUUUUUCAUGUAAGUGGAGACAUGGUUUAUUUGGGAACAAUAAACUAUACAAAAACAACUGUAAGACCCAUGAAUUGCCUUUAAAGCUAUUAUAACUUUGUGUAUUUAACAGUUACAUAUGGCAUACUAUUGUUGACAAAAAUUAAGGGAGGAUAUUUUGUUUGAUUCAAACAUUGUUUUGAUUGAUUGAAGCUCAGAAAUGAUCUCAAGUACUGUUGAUUUCUGUUAAUAAUAAAUACUCAUGUGGAAAAGCAAUCUUGUCAUGUUAAGCUGUUAGGUAUUGAUGUACACUUGAUACAUAAAUUAUGAUGUGUGCAGUAAACAUUCUAUACUUUCUAUCAAUCAAAUCAAGAUAUUUUCUUUUCUCUUCAAUUUUGGGUGCACCCUGCACACAACAAAAAAAAGAGAUAUUAAAAAAAAAAAAAGAUUUGAAAUUAAUUUUUAUCAGAAUGUUCCCUCUAGAACUUUGUUAUCAUUGUUCAUUUUCUAUCACUUUAAAAUGACUGCUUGAAGUUUAUACCACAUACAAUAAUCUUGCUGGACUAUGUGUGAAUCUUCAAUUGGACUUCAGUUUACACAAUAUGUUGAUAGGAAUUUUCCAAUAUGUAAUAUUACUGCCAAGAAAUUUUGAUUAUUUUCUUUUGGUCUCAAGUCUAUAGAUCAGAAUUCAGGUUCAGAAAUACCCACAGUUUAUUUGUUGUUUUUUUUUGGGGGGGGGGGGGCUGUUAAUUGGGAGCAUUUUUUUUUCUUGUAAGGGGGUUAUGCACUACAAACAUCACUUAAUGGUACAUUGUAUGUGGAGAAUGUUUACUAACUGCAAUGCUUUCUGCAUUUAUCUAGAUAUUCACUAUCAUCUUAAAUAGGCAAAUCUAAAUGAAAACAAAAUCAACAAAGAGAAACUAGCAGUACAUUAAAAAAUUAUCAUGAAACAAAAAUGGGCUUAAAAUUAUUUUACUGAUGCAGGUUUAGGCCAGCAGAGCAUUCCAUGUACAUUAUAAUGGAGAUAAAACAUAAUUUGAAGCCAGGGUUGUCUUUGUCAGGAUUGAAAAAGUAUCCACUUUAUGUAGAAAACAAAACUAUUUGUUACAUUUUCUUAUUCACAUGCAUAUAUUUCCAAGUCAGUCUUUUUCCGUAAGAGACUAAAAAAGAUAGAAAAGGGGUAUAAUGAAGUCAAACGUAAUGGAUAAAUAGGAAAGAUGUUUUACCCAGGACAUGUAUUUUGGUAUAGUUACUAAGAACAAAGAAUCCAAGUGCAAUCAUCAAAGUUUCUAUAUUGUCAGUAAACUUAUAGAUGCCCAGUUUUUCUCUUCAUUCUUGACUCAUUUGACACCAAUAUACUAAAAGGAUUUUUUCCUUCCAUUCAGAUAUAAUUUCUUUGAUUAUUCAGAAUAACAAUUCUUUAUCCCUUUGUGUACAUAUGUUUAUAGUUGAUUUUUUUUUUUUUUGUUUGGUUUAUAGUGCUACAUUUCAUUUUCAUGACACCAUUGAAAUUUGGAUUAGGUCAUCUGUUACAUUUUGUCCCAUUUUAUUUCAUUAUGAAGGGAAUGUGAUUCUCAUCGUGAAAUUUAGGAACAAAUUCAUUGUAAUAAUUCCAAAGAUCUACAAAAUUUUCUUAGAGGAUUUUGAAGUAGGACGUUCAAGCUAGUGGUAUACCGGUUAAUAGGAUAGGAUUUGGUUUCUUAACAUACCAUUGAGUGUAGCAUGUAUUUCUCAAAUUAAACAGAGAGUUUUUUUUUUUUUUUUAAUCUAUUAAAUAUUUCCAAAUAACUUUUCCAAACAACAAAAUUUGAAGAAUUUAACAGCGUUUCCCUCUGAAUUAAGGUAAAUUAGGAAAGACUAAAACUAAAGAAUAUCUGCAGGAAUAUUGAAAAUAAUGAGACAUUUGUUAAAGUUUAGAACCUAGAUUUUCUAGAUAUAUUUAUUAAUUUCUGGAUGAGACCAGAUAAAUAUAUGCCAUUUUUAUUGUUGAACUUUAAGGAGAACAUUUCAUCAAGUAUUAUGUACAUGUAAAGUAAUAAAUGUAAUGUUAAUUUA